AUGUUGUCUCGAGCGGCGGCUCCCUCUUCCUCCACCUUCGCGUCGAUCUCGAGCCGUUCCCUCCGCGCCCAGGGAGCGGCAACCCGCGCGUUCGCUACUGUGCAGGAGGCUCCUCCAGUCCGACACCAUGGCGGGCUCCGGGACCAGGAUCGCAUCUUCACCAACUUGUACGGACACCACGCCCCGGAUCUCAAGUCGUCUAUGAAGUAUGGUGGUGAUUGGCACCGAACAAAGGAUAUCGUCCUCAAGGGUGACGAUUGGCUCAUCUCCGAAAUCAAGGCUUCUGGCUUGCGUGGUCGUGGUGGUGCUGGUUUCCCCUCGGGUCUAAAAUACUCAUUCAUGAACACCAAGGACUGGGACAAGGACCCUCGGCCCCGCUAUCUGGUCAUCAACGCUGAUGAGGGUGAGCCCGGUACUUGCAAGGAUCGCGAGAUCAUGCGCAAGGAUCCCCACAAGCUAGUUGAAGGUUGCUUGGUUGUUGGUCGGGCUAUGAAUGCCAAUGCCGCUUACAUCUACAUUCGUGGUGAAUUCUACCACGAGGCUACCGUCCUGCAGCAGGCCAUCAACGACGCCUACGCUGCUGGUCUUAUCGGGAAGAACGCAUGCGGUAGUGGCUACGACUUCGACGUUUACAUCCACCGUGGAAUGGGCGCCUACAUUUGCGGCGAGGAGACUUCGCUCAUUGAGUCUAUCGAGGGCAAGGCUGGCAAGCCUCGCCUGAAGCCCCCAUUCCCAGCUGCCGUUGGUCUCUUCGGUUGCCCCAGCACCGUGACCAACGUCGAGACUGUCGCUGUUGUGCCCACUAUCAUGCGCCGCGGUGCCAGCUGGUUCUCGUCCUUCGGCCGUGAGCGUAAUGCCGGUACCAAGCUUUUCUGUAUCUCUGGUCACGUCAACAAUCCCGUCACUGUCGAGGAGGAGAUGUCCAUUCCUCUGCGUGAACUGAUCGAGAAGCACUGCGGUGGUGUCCGUGGUGGCUGGGACAACCUCUUGGCUGUAAUUCCUGGAGGUUCUUCCACGCCCGUUAUUCCCAAGUCUGUUGCUGACGACCAGCUGAUGGACUUUGACGCCUUGAAGGACUCUCAGUCCGGUCUGGGUACCGCUGCUGUCAUCGUCAUGGACAAGUCUACUGAUAUUGUUCGUGCCAUUUCUCGUCUUUCCACAUUCUACAAGCACGAGUCAUGUGGUCAAUGUACCCCAUGUCGUGAGGGCAGCAAGUGGACCAUGCAGAUCAUGCAGCGCAUGGAGACUGGUAACGCCCGUGAGCGUGAGAUCGACAUGCUGCAGGAGCUCACCAAGCAGGUCGAGGGACACACCAUCUGUGCCCUAGGUGAAGCCUUCGCUUGGCCCAUCCAAGGCCUGAUCCGCCACUUCCGUCCGGAGCUUGAGGCUCGCAUUCGCCAGUACGAGAAGGAGGUUGGCGGAACACCCUUCGCCGGUGGCUGGAAGCCUUCAGCGCGCGCCGAGGGCAAGUUGAUCUCCCCAGGCAUGUAA